CUAACAGAUACACUCGGCGGUUUUUACAGCACAGUUUUACGUUUCUCAACAUUGAAUCUUAAUUGCCAACUUCAAUUUUCAAAGAUAUCAGUUCUUUUCUCUGUGCUUUUUCAACAGUUUCUUGCGAUUUUCUGGAAUUCGUUGAGAAUAUUGGAUAUACUGUGUAGGUAUUAUAUAUGACCCAUUCAAGGUGGAUAUGGAGUAAAGUCAAAUGGAAGGAUAAAUGUAUUUCCUAGAUAUAAAAAUCGAUCUAUAUUCUUAAAGCUUUUUAUGAAAAGAAACCUGUUCAGUUUCUGAGUGUCUGACUAAAAUGUAAGAAAUAUAUAUUGACGGACAUUUUUUCUGCGGAAUUCUAGCUAUUUGUUGUCUUUCGGUUUAUUCGCGAAUCGCGUGCAGAAGUGACGCAUUACAAGCGAUGACCAGGAUUCUUAUUAAGGAAAUAAAGGAAAACUCAUCAAUAACCCCUGAUUAGUGUAUUGACAAUUGUCAUGCUAAAACUGACAGAAAUAAAACGAGAACAUUAACUAACGUGUAUAAACAGUGACAGCUUAGAGGAAAUGGAUUUAGAGGAAAGGUAUUGGAGAAAAAAAUAUAAGGUAAUAAUGAAAGUCAUAAAUUUCUAAUAAUAAAACCAGUUGUCUACAUAACAGUAUACAUGUAUACACCAUAUUUUGAGGAAGACAAUUAAAUGGCGAUAAAUUCAUCGAGGGAUUCAGUUGAAACGAAGCCAUGGAAAAUAUAGUGCUUUAAUUUGAACUGAACAGUGGUUUAAUGAAACAAAAGUAUCUGUAAAUAUUACAUGCUUAAUGGAAUGCGUGGAAUAUAUAUUGAGAAGGACGGAACAUAACUGACUUUUCAUUAGCACACAGUGACGACUGUCACAACACGAAUCUUUUCCGCAAUAACGCACUAACUCUCUCCGAAACAAAUAUUUGCUAGAACGUAUUAAAUGGAUCUUUAAAUUUUCUUUAGUGCAAGGAAACGACUCCAUUUAUAAUUUAUAUUCUGCUCGAAACCGGAUUUAUUUAGAUAAUUUGUAGAUUUAUUUAGGUCUUUUAUUACUAUUCACAUACAUAUUCAUGCAUUGAAUGUUCAAAUGGAUUUAUUUAGUUCACAUGAAGGAAAGAACAAGAAUGGAUUUACUUAGAAGAUAUUAUUGCAGUGAAAUAAAGCGGAUUUAUUUAGGACAAUAAAACUUCAACAGACCAUAGUGACAUAUAUUCAUGUAGUGCUUCAACCACAGCACAGCCACAUUUGUUGAGUAUUCCGUUUAAAUUUUAAAAUUCAAGACGGAUUUAUUCACCUGUUGUUGUCGGAACAAAGUCAUGGGAUGCACCCCCAGUAUACAUGUCAACCAGACCGGCGUCGUAUACUGCCGUGAUUCCGAUGGCUCGAACUCGCCACGUGCAUCGCACAGUGCCACUGUAAUUGCAGGGACUACAGUGGUUCGAACUGAGACAACUGAAACUUCCCACACCUCGUCCAUUCGGUCCAAACGUUUUACAGAAUAUAGUUCUGGACCUUCAGGCGGUGCUAGCUACACGUUCGAGUCCUCAUCCGACAAUACUAAAAAGGCGUCAAACAGUGAUGUAAUGCUUGGGCCAAUGAAAUUGAAACAGAAGUCAAUGUCUAUACUGCUUGUGUUUUCCCGAGAAGAUUAUCAAAGUGAUGCCUUCUACUGGGCAGCAGAAAAAGCAGGCUACAAAUGUAACAUAUCUAGAAACCCUGAUAGUGCUCUUGAAUGUUUUAUGUCCAAGCAGCAUGAUGUUGUGAUAAUAGACCACAGAAAUAACAAGAGUUUCGAUGCUGAAGCACUUUGCAGAUCAAUACGAGGGACAAAAGCCAGCGAACAUACAAUAAUAGUUGCUGUCACUAAAAAACAUUCUCAGACAGACAAAGACGAACCUUCUAUUUUGCCACUGCUUAAAGCUGGGUUCAACAGAAGGUACGUCGAAAACUCAAAUGUUGGGGCAUGUAUGAAUGAACUUGUACAGCUAGAACAUGGGGAGGUUUUAUCACACCAAAAGUUACGCACGUGCAAUGCAUUAUUCAGCGCUCUUGAAAGUGUAACAGACUCUGUGGAAAUCACAAAUGAUGAACAUGAAAUUCAGUUUGUGAAUCCUGCUUAUGAGCGUUUAACUGGAUACUCAAUGGAAGAGGUUGUGGGGAAAGAUUCACGGGAACUCAAAGGUGAACGUGUUAAACCAGAUAUACAAGAUGGCAUUAAUAAUCAGAUUAAAAAGGGAAAGAAAUGGGAAGGUACAUACUACACAAGAAGGAAAAGUGGAGACGCAUUUCCGCAGCAUUGUAAAAUUUGUCCUGUUGUAGGAGUGGGCGGAAAAGCAACUCAUUAUGUGAGUGUGCGCAGCUCCCAUCUAGAUACCUCAAACUUCUACGAUAAAUUGAAGGAUGCAGACUACUUCACUCAAAUUGCAAAUGGUGGUAUCCAUGGUGUACCGCGGAGAAGGGAAUCAUUCGCUCGGAUACACUCCAUGACGAUAGAAGCACCAAUUACAAAGGUUAUAAACAUUAUUAACACAGCACAGGAAAAUAGCCCAUUCACUGUAGCUCAGGCCUUAGAUAAAGUUUUAGAGAUUUUACGUACCAGUGAGCUAUAUUCACCGUAUUUUGCCCAAGAGUUCAAGGAUGGGGAUCCCAUGACAAGUGAUUAUCUGGGCGGACUUGUUUCACAAGAUGUGAAGCGACAUCUAAGGGAAGGAGAUCAGGCCCAUGCUAUGACUCACAGACCUUCAGUACAUCAAGCCCAGUCCCACCUGCCGAAUCAGCCAUCGAUGUUUUCCAGCAAACUUAUACCUGAUAAUAUUAGAGCUCUACUGGUAAAAGAAGCAGACUGGGACUUCGAUAUUAUAGAACUUGAAAGAGUAACGCACAAACGACCUUUGCUUUACCUUGGUUUACGUACGAUGGCACGGUUUGACGUAUGCGGUUUCCUCAACAUACCAGAGACAUGUCUUGCAAACUGGUUGCAGGUUAUCGAAGCAAAUUAUCACUCAAGAAAUACAUACCAUAACUCCACCCAUGCGGCGGAUGUACUCAACAGUACUGCUUACUUUCUAGAAAAGGGAAAAUGCAAGGCUAUAUUUGAUCCAAUUGACGAAGUCGCCGCCCUAAUUGCUGCUGCUGUUCACGACCUUGAUCAUCCGGGUAAAAGUAACGCAUUUCUCAUCAACUCUAAACAUGAACUCUCCAUAUUGUAUAAUGACAUUGCUGUGUUAGAAAGUCAUCAUGCUGCCCUCACAUUCAGAUUGACCGCCCAAGAUCCUGCAAUCAACAUAUUCAAAAAUCUAGACAGGGAAACGUUCCGUGUGAUGAGACAGGCCAUCAUAGACAUGGUACUUGCUACAGAAAUGAUGAAACAUUUUGAGCAUCUGAACAAAUUUGUCAAUGGUAUUAACAAGCUCACCCAGAAAGCUGAGGAAUCCUCAUCAAUGAGUGGUACAGGAUCUCCAGACAGUGCAACCCUGAUCAGUCAGCUUUCAACUUCAGAGAACAAGAUGUUGAUACGACGCAUGCUCAUCAAGUGUGCCGAUGUAUCAAAUCCGUGUCGACCGGUGAACCUCUGUAUGGAAUGGGCUAAACGAAUAGCAGAGGAAUACUGUCAACAGACAGAUGAGGAGAAGCAGUUAGGCCUACCAGUGGUGAUGCCAGUAUUUGACAGGAAAACGUGCAGUCUACCAAAGUCACAAACAAGCUUUAUAGAUUUUUUCAUUAAUGACAUGUUUGAUGCAUGGGACUAUUUCUGUGAUAUUCCGGAGUUAAUUCAACACCUUCAGGACAACUACAAAUUCUGGACAGAGGAGGAAGAAAACCCGACCCAUAAUUACGACCUCCCUAUCAAAGGACCAGAGCAAAACAUAGACAAUGCUACAAAAUCCACAGAAAAUAAAAGCUCUUCAACAGAAAACACAGAAAACAGAACUUGUGAAGAUACUUGAUUCUAUCUCAUUGUUUUAGUGUCUAGAAUCUUAACUAUGGUCAUGUGAUGCGUCAGCUGACCUGUUGUUAUAGUCAUGUGAUCUCUUUGUCGUCUGCUGCAAGUUACUAAAAAUAGCACAGUGCUACCAGUGAGAAGUAUGAAGUUGAUAAGAAGUGAUGAAAUUAGUAAUUUGUUAUAGAUAUUGUUAAGUAAGAAGAUGGGCAUGCUAUGUUGAAUUUCAUUAUAGAAAUAUGUAAACCCUUAAACAAGAUGUAUUUAGAAAUUCUGAUGUACUUUGUCAGUCAGUACAAAACGGGUUUGAACAGAAUAGAGCUGAUGAGAAACUCGAAAAACUGCAAAAAUAUGUGGAAUAUUCCUUGUCCAAACAUGUACUUUAUCCAGGUGAAUUGAGUCUACAUUCAGACUCUUGUCUAACUACUAAAUACACUAUUUAUACUAUUCCAAUAGACUGUGUACUAACUGGAUUUUGCCAGUGUUAAGUACACUUACUAGAAAUAGACUAUAGACUGUGUCACAUUAUUUUGAUGCAGGUUGUGUAAUGUGUAAUACUUAAUAUGUCAGGAGUGUAUACCAAUAUAUUUAAAAAUAAAUUAUUUGAAAACAGUUGUAAUAACAAGGUCUAUGCUGUGUACUAACAAGAUCAAAGGUAUUUGCUAACUUAAUUCAAGUUGCGUGUUUAGUUGAUCUAAGAUCUAUGCCAAUGGAUCAGGCAUAUGAGUAGACAAUAUCUAAGAUGGCAGGUAUAUGUCAAUUGGGUCAUGAGGUAUGUGUUAUUAGGUUCUAGAAUAUGUAAUAUUAUGUCUAAUACUGUGUGUGAACUAGAAGGAAAGCACGAUGUAUAUUUCAAGUUUGUGCUAAAUUAAGAUCUAAGGUUUAAAGAGCCUGAGCUAUUGUUUAUUCUAAUUGAAUCUUAAUAUGUUUAUGUUGAGAAAAGUUUUAUACGCUGUGAUUGAAGGUUAACUGGAAUUAAGGUAUACUUAAUUAGAUCUACGGUAUGUGUCGACAAGGUCCGAUAUAUGUGUUUAUUUAGUCUAGAGCAUAUGUUGAUGAAGUAUAUAGUCCUCCACGGCUAUCUGAGACAGUGUAUAGGGACUUCUGGGUAAACUUAAAAUCGGUCUUUUUAAUACCACAGGUGGAAAAAAGUUUGUUUACAGUACAGUAUACUGAUCUAUCAAUACCAAUUUUUUGGCAGAGUCUUUAGCAGCAAGACAAGAAUAAAGGAGAAAGAUAUUUACAAAUCUGUAUCUUUAUAUUUUAGUAUUUGUACAUUGUGUAAUACAAAUGGUUAGUGUUUUAGCUCAGAAUGCCUGGUAACUGUUGAAAUUGUAUCUGCAUCCAUCCAAUACACAGAUAUCUGCUUUAAUACUGUGUCCAAAAGAGGCACAACACAAAGUUUAGUAAAUAUUUUUUAAAAGCUUAUAUGUUAUGUAUGGUUAGAAUAACAAAAUAAUCACCUCCAGUCGCAGAUUAUAUUUUUACCAUUCAUUUGUCAAUGUGAACCAUUUUCUAGUACAUGAGUACUACAAACAAUUAGCAGCAAUUAAUGUAUAAAGUUGCUGUCCUUGUUUAUUUGUUGUGAUGGUGUUUGUCGUAUUUAUUAAAAUUUAAUUCGUUCUUCAGAAAUUCAUAAAAAAAAUCCCAAGAUCUGUUCACAAGAGAAGCAUAUAAUAUCAAACUUAAAACCAUAGAAAACCAUAAGUUUCAUGUAACAGGAAUAUAUUGGAUAUUUUCACUGCUGUUAUAACAUUUAUAAGGUUAUUUAUAAUUGUCAGGGGAAAACACAAUUUUUGCUCAUGUGUCAACAGCAAUGUCUUAAGAGCACCUUCAAACAAAUCAAGACAAACUAUGAAAUCAGAGUUUUCAUUUGCAUAUAGUAUAUAUUAGAAUUUAAUUUAUUGUCAGCUGAGAUAAACUCCUGAUUUUGAAUUUUUGUGCCCCCCAACAUCUUUUUGGGUGGGGUGGAGCUCUUGGAGUUGCCCUUGUCUAUCUGUCUGUCUGACCAAAUUUGUUUCAUUCAUAUCUUAAAAAGUAUUUGACACAGAGUCAUUAAACCUCAUGAAAUAACCUUUCAGCUUGUGAAAUUGUUCACCUGGUUUAAAUUGGGAUUUCUCAAAGCCAGACGAGAGUUACGGCCCUUUAAUUUGUUAAAAAUAUGCAUAAAAAUGGUCUUAAAGUUUGUGUCAUAUGUAUUUCAAAAAGUAACUGGCAAGGGUUUUAGAACAUUAAAGGAAUAUCAUUUAGCUUGUGAAGUUGUGCCCCUGCAGUUUUGUUUGAGAUUUCACUCAGUCAGACCAGAGUAAUGGCCCUUUACUUAGUCAAAAAUACCUGUUAAAGGGCAUAAAAGUUUGUGUUGCACAAAUCUUAAAACAUAUUUGACCUAGGGUCAUGAAACAUAAUAGGAAUGUUCUUCAGCAUGUGAAGUUGUACUCCCGAGAUUUUGUUUUGGAUUUCUAUUGGUCAAACCUGAGUUAUGGCUCUUGAUUUUAUAAAAAAUAUGCAUAAUGGGAAUGCAAGUUUGCAUUGCAUGUAUCUCAAAAAGUUAUUAACUUAAAGUCAUAAAACAGAGGAAUGUUAUAUACCAUGUGAAGUUGUGUACUUUGUUUUCUAUUUGAGAUUUCACACAGCCAGACAAGAGUUACGUUCCUAGACCUAGUGAAAACUACACAAAGUGCUUAAAAGUUUGUAUUCCAUAUAACUUAAAAAUAUUUCUCCUAAUCAUUAAAGCAUGUACAGAGAGGAGGUGGGGAGCAUCAAUGUCCUAUGUACACACAUCUAGCUGAAAAUAAUUUGCUCAGAUUGGCCUAAGUAUAAAUUAUCUGGCCUCAUAAAUGGUAAAUGUUUUGCAAAUAAGCAAUUGGCAAUUGACUGUCAAGGGAAGGGUCUGUUUUGUAUGGAAGUAUAUAAUGGCCAUGCUGUGUCACAUGAAUGUUAAAGAUUGUUAACUGUGAUAAUAAUUAUUUGAUAACACAGCUGCUGUCUUUUAGCAGUUAUGUACUCUCACACAAGCCUAUGCUAGUCUGGCAGAAUAUUCUCUAAAACUGGCAUACUUUAAUCUUGGUAUUAAAAUGAAGAUAACAUGAUUUAAUUUGUCUUCCCUCAAAUAAGUCUGUAUUAAACAUAAGUCCAGUGUGAUAUUUUGGUCAAGCCAUUUGUUGUGUUCACCAACACUUAUACAGGUAGGAAAUUCCUUUUUUGUGACUUCAGUUAAACAAAAAAAAAACACAAACAAAAAAUGAGCCCGCCCGCUUAGCUCAGUAGGUAAGAGCGUUGGUCUAUGGAUCUGGGGGUCGCGAGUCCGAUCCUCGGGCGGGGCGUAUGUUCUCCCUGACUAUUUGAUGAACGACAUUAUGUCUGAAAUCAUUAGUCCUCCACCACUGAUUCAUGUGGGGAAGUUGGCAGUUACUUGUGGAGAACAGGUUUGUACUGGUACAGAAUCCAGGAAUACUGGUUAGGUUAACUGCCUGCCAUUACAUGACUGAAAUACUGUUGAAAAACAGCGUUAAACCCAAAACAAAACAAACAAAAGUUAAACAGAAUACUGGUAAACUCCAUAAGUUUUAAAACAUUUAUCUUUAGUCUUGCCUAUCAGCUUUGAUACUGUUUGGCCAAAUCACAAUGGGUCAUCAUAGUGUGAAAUAGCUGCUAUUGCAAACAUACAAAGAAACAUAAAAAAAAUUUGCAUCUAAUCUAAUGUUUGUGACAAAGGUAGAUACAGUACUGCGACUUAUUCAUGGUACAGACUUAUGUGAGGGAAUAUAUGGUAUCAUAAGUGCACCUGUUUUUUUCAGGCACCUGUUAUGUUUUAUAGAGUUUAGUAACAAAUGCUGUUAAUGUUGUUAUUCAUUUGUAAUUUUAAGAUAAAAUAUUAGUAUUUGUCAUGUUUUAAAAUUGUGUAUUUAUAAACAUGUGAAGUAUCUGUAGUUAUAUUAGGACCAAUUUAUGCAGCUCGGUACAGCUUUCCAUUACUUACUAUGGAAGUUUGUUCAAUGGUAUGGACUGGAUUUGAAAAAAAAACAUGGAUCAUAUGACUAGGCGUACAUCAAACUUUAUGAUUAGCAUAAUUCCCGGUAUCUAAGAGUUGGUCAAUAUCCAUCUUUGAAGAAAUCUCCAUGGCAACCUGCUUUCUCAGUUUUAAAUAGACAAAAUCCUCAGUUUAGUUUUUUAAUGGAGAUUGUUGACAGUUUCAAGGGAAUGUGUAAGCGAGAGGGAGAGAAGGAGUGAGGGAGAGGGGUUGAGGGGUUUCUGUCAGUACAACAAUGAACAGAUAGGGUUUAUGCAGAGAGAUGAGAUACUGUAAAAGCAGAAAUUUUCACGAGGGUUUAAUUUUCGCUAUAUUCACAAGGUUAUACAGCUCUCGAAAAUUAAUCCUAACAAAAAUAUUCCCCAUUAGUAUAAUUCAAAUUCAAAUAUACCAUUUUUACAAUUUCGCAAAUAUUAAACCCCGCGAACGUACUCAAAACUUCAAAUCGUGAAAUUUUGACCAAGCGAAAAUAUGAGCUUUUACAGUAGAUAUAGAGGAUUUGUUUCAUCUUAUAUAUUACUGAUUUCCCUUUAACAGAGCUGUUCAUAUUCAUUUUAAAACCCAAGCUGAUGGAAUGGUGGUCUUAAUUAAGGACAACGGUUACAUUUCAAACUAUCACAUCUACCCUUUGUAUUCAUGUUUAUAGGAUAUUAUGUUACCUAUCACACGACAGACGCGUAGCUGGGCUAAGAUGCUUUUCUGAAAUAUAUUUUUCACUGUAGCACUUCAUGGAUGUAAAGGUUUUUCUGCAACAGGUUUUUUUAUUUGGCUGGCUACGUCACUGCACUAUCUCGAUUUAAGUAAGACAGAAAAGACCAGUUCACUAUAAGCAAUGUUUACAUAGCUUUUAUCCACAUGUGAUUUGCCGCUGUUCCUUGUGGUAUACUAAAAUAGAUAUAAUUUGUUCAUGUCCAACAGCAUUUAUUUUCAUAUUCACUGCAUUUAUACUUUGCACACUUUAGGGUUCAUUUUCUUCAAAGAGCCAUUUUACAAUCAGUUAUAUCAGAUAUUGUAAUAUUUGCUCACAAUAAAAACUGCUGAACAUAAUUUAAGAAAGUGUACAUGAUGCAUUUAAUUUAGAAACGUAUUACUUAGAUUUAGCAUUUUGCAUUUAUUACCAAGUUCUCUGCUACUAUUUUUAACAAUAAACUACAGUCGAACUUUGUUCACUCUAACUGGACAGGAUGGUCACAGUUUGUACAAGUAAUUGGCAGUGUGAGCCAAAGAACACUUCAUUUUAAAGGAAUUUCGCCGCGACCUGAUGAUGAGUUCGGAUUAAGGCUGGUGUUUGAAUUAUUGAGUUAAAGCAAACGAAGUUCCACUGUAUGUUCUAAAAGUAAAAUAGUAAACUUUAUUCUUGUGCAUUUAGUGAUACAUUGUUCAACAAAAAUGAUUUUUCUGUAAUAAUAUACUGUUAAAUUGUUAAGCAACACUGUUGGUAUACAUUUGAUAGUGUAUAGCUUAAUGAAUUAAUUGUGUUCCAUACUGGCGUUUAAAUUGGAAACUGUGUUCAAAUAUUAUGCUAUUGCAAAGUUCUAAAGUUAUUAAAGUAAGAUUUUUUCCUAGAUGCAUAGUAAAGAUGAAGCAUUGCAAUUUUAUCUUGCCUUUUGUACCCACUAUUGUAAUUGUGUCAUGCAUAGAAGGUAAAAACUCGCUUACAUACCAAUUAUGCAGGGCUGGAUCUGAAAAUUACACAUUGCAAAUGUAAGGCUGGAUUUAGAAAUUACCUAUUGCAAAUGUAAGGCUGGAUUUAAAAAUUACCCAUUGCAAAUGUAAGGCUGGAUUUAAAAAUUACACAUUGCAAAUGCAAGGCUAGAUCCAAUCAAGAAAUUGCCCAUUGCAAAGUCAGACUAGAUCAAGAAAUUGCCCAUUGCAAAUGCAAGGCUACAAGCAGAAAUCAUCCAUUGCAAAUGUAAGGCUAGAUCUAGAAAUUAUCCGUUGUAAAUGCAAGGCUGGAUCUAGAAAUUACCUGUUAUAAGUAUAUUAAGACAAUAUCCAGAAAUUACCCAUUGAAUAUGUAAGGCUGGUAUUGCAAAUGUAAGGCUGGAUCUAGAAAUUACUCAUUGCAAAUGUUAGACCAGAUCCAGACAUGACCCAUUGUAAAUGUGACACAAGAACCAGAUAUGGCAAAUACAUUUUCCUUUUCAAAGAUGAUUACAUUUUUUAUGUUUCUCAUUUCAGAAUAUAAUUUCUUUAUUAAAUUUAUUCUUAAAACAUGAUAUCCAUUGAAUUUAAAAUAUACAGUAUUUAAGUUGUUAAGUUUGCAUAAAAUAUUAAUUAUCAACAUACAUGUAUUUUUUUUCUUUCCUAUGGGGAUUUAAUAAGGAGAAGGCACACAUGUAUGAAAUAUUAACUUCUGUUACCUUUUCUCUCUGAUCAGAGUGUGAUACAUUAUAUCAUUGUGUAAAUUUUAUCUUGUUACAUUUUUUUUAAUGAAAGUUUUAGUCUUUGAUUGAUUUAUCCGCAGGUAUAUAUAUCUGCACUACAGAAAACAUUUUACAGGCACAAAGUCAAAAUUCUAGAAUUCCAGAUGUUACAGUGUUCAUCUUUGUAUAUCAUGUUUAAAAAAAAUAGUUGUUAGAGUUAGGGAUGUAUUUUAACAUAAAUAAAAUUUUACUUUUCUAUGCUCCCCCUGCCCCCACCAUUUUGAUCACUUUCUACCAAGCAUCUGUCCACCUGUCUAUCCACAUUUUCUUCAAGUGAUAAUUUUCUUCUCUGAAACCAUUUGAUGGAAGUUUUUGAAACUAAGGUAUUUCAAAAGUCCCUCCCCCAAAGUUGAUCAAGGACUUGUGUUUGGCUGCAUAGGAGCAUCUCUACCAAAUAUGUUAAUGACAUUUUGAUUUUUUUUUUAAAACCUUGUUAUGAUACCUGUUUAUGUUGAAUAUUAAAGUCUGAUUUUGUAAGACGUUUUAUACUGUCUGGCAGUUCCUUUUACUUUGGUUUCGUGACUAUGUUACACAUUUUUGUGUACACUUCACAACACUUCUAAAUAGUCCAGUGAUAGUGAAAUAGGCACUACAUACACAGGUAUUACUACUAGCACAGAGCUUAAGUAAAUACAUCUAAGAAUGGAAUCUUAACCCAAAUUGUUUAGAAAAAUGGCAUCAUAUUAACAUAUCAGUGUUCCUAGGGGUUGAUUGUCUUCUUUUCUCACAUCAAUUCCUGGGAUAUGAAGAUUUUUUUUAAUUUGUAGAAAGAAUUUAUUUAUUAUUGUUUUUAGUUUUCGCCUUAUACUUAUGUUUCUGUAUAUUUUGCGGAAAAUUCAUUUUUGAAUUGUUUGUACAAGUGUACUAAUUAACCUUUAGCAUGCUAGAUAAAUUGUCGUCUGCUGGAAAUGUCCUCUGCUUAAAUUGUAAAGUUCAUUCAAUUUGCUCCAAAAUUGGAAGAAAUAUUGUCAGAGUGGCAAACAGCUUGGAACCUGAUCAGACGCCGAUUUAAUCGGCGUCUGAUCUGGUUCCAAGCUGUUUGCAAAGGCUGUUAAAUCCGCCUGCAGCAGGCUAAGGGUUAAAUUUCGUACCCUUUAAAUUAGUCUGAUCUCAUUAUGAUAUUUUGUAAGGAUAUGGACGCUGUACUGAUGCUUUCUGACUAUGUUACAAUUUAUAGUAUAAAGUCUGCAACUGAAAGGUCAAGGUCAUACAGGUUAAAAUUAUUUCUGCUAUUCAGUAGUUUCUUUCACCUUUUGAAUAACCAUUUACAAGUUUAUAUAACUACUGUUAACUAACACUUAAUGAAUAAUCUAAACUAUUGCCUGAGGUGCAAAAGAAUGAGAGUUAAUAGUUUUGACUAUUGACUUGCAAGCUGUUUUAUUACAUGACAUCAGAAAUUAGUUCUUAUAUUUUUCUUCCAGUUUUAACUUUAGCCCAGCAAAAUUUAGCAUAGAACUGUAAAUUGAUAACUGUAGCACAAAUUAUGGAGUAGCGAUUUUUAUUAACCCUUAGCCUGCUGGCGGCAGAUGAUUCUGCCUUUGCGACCAGUGCAGACCAAGAUCAGCCUGCACAUCCGUGCAGUCUGAUCAUGGUCUGCACUGUUCGCUAUUCAGUCAGUAAAUUUUCAGUGUAAACCCCUUUGAAUAAUAAAUGGUACUGUCCAAAUUGAAAGAUGGACCAGUCCAUUACAGAAAUAUAGCAGGGUAAGGGUUAAGCAUGAUAUAUGCUAGCACUGGGUUAGAUUUCUGGAGCAAACAAUACCAUUUUACGGACAUGUAUUUAGCCCUUACUAUGCUAAAUUUCUAUAAUGAACUUGUCCAUUUUCCAAUUUGGGCAGUACCAUUAACUGUUAAAAGGGGUGCUUACCAAAAAGGUACUGACUGAAUGGAGAACAGUGCAGAUCAUGAUCAGACUGCAUGGAUGUGCAGGCUGAUCAUGAUCUACACUGGUCGCAAAAGUAGACUCAGUCGUGUCCAGCAUGGAAAGGGUUAAUUAAAAACAUGUAAAAGUGAUCUUUUAAUAAAAUUGUUAAUAUAGUUUAUAGAAUUAGUGGAAUAUAGUUGGUUGUUUAUAAUUCUUUUUAUUUAUUUACAUAAGACAUGGUGCUGUUACUUUCUACUGAUUUUUGCCAGCUGCUCUGUGACAUUUUUUUAAACAUAUUAAUUUUUAUUUAAAUCUGAUAUCUAAAGAAUGAUUUUUGCCCCCAAUAGACCUGUAUGUGAAAUAGGGGUGUCAUAAUGAUGCCUUGGCAAAAUGAAAUAAGGGAUGUUGUAACUUGUUAUAACAUUUUAACUUUUCUGUUUUUACUAUGGCAACCAAAAUGGCAAAACUUUACCACAAUAAAGUAUUUAACUGUUAAAGGAAACCAGGAUGACUUUUAUCCCACACCAGUGCAAAUAUCUACUGUCAUAUACCGUACGUUCAAAGUGAUAUUUAAAACAUGAAUGCGAGUUUUAUAUCAUGAUGUAUGUCUUAUCAUGAUUAAAAAGGGCCAUUGGGUUAAAUUUAUCAACAAUUUGAUAUAGCAGAAAUAGUAUAAUAUUAUAUAAUUCCUGUUUUAGAAAAUGUCUAUCUUUACAUGUGUUUUGAGUUGUUUUGUAGAUAUUUUCAAGUUAGUGCCUGAUAUAACAAGUCUCAAAACAGCGUGACAAAGAUUGUUAGAACAUUUUAAAUAAUAUCAACUGUAUAAAACUCAACAAAAUGACCUUGUAAGAACUUCUAAUUUAUCAUUUCUUACGAACAAAAAAGUGCUUGCUAAAUUUUUAGCUUGACUAUAUGAAGAGAUGUUACACUCACCCAUUUGUAGGUGUCCCGAUUUGGUCAAGUUUCUGUUUGUAAGCUGCCACUUGCGGGAAUUGAUUGAAACUUCACUCACUUAUUCACUGUGUUAAACUGACUCUCCAUAACUCUAUUUUGCUUUUUUACAAAAUUAUAACCCUUUUUUGUAAGCUGGCAUUUCAGUACCUGGUAAUGGAAAUGGAUUGAAACUUCACACACUUGACCACCGGUGAGAUGACAUUGUAUUGUGCAGAUUCAGUAACUCUUUUUAUCCAUUUUCACAAAAUUAUGCCCCUUUUUCAGUAUUUGUAUUCAUUCUAUUCACUUUCUUUAGUGAUGAGGCUGUUGAAUACCGGUAGUUGAGCUUUGCUGUCCUCUGACAGCUGUUGUUAAAACAUUUCAAAAAAUCUAAAGUUUGUCACUGUGAAAUACUAUUUUGAAAAUGUUUAGCUCAUUUCAGAAACAUUCUGAGGUUCUGUCUACGUAUAUUUUAGUAAAUAUUUCAUGUGUCUGAUUUUUGUUCAAUAAUAGAGUGGUUGUGAUUGCAUACUUAUUUCGUUACUUCUGUGGAGAUUUUCAUUUUCUCUUUCAGUAAGCAUCUAGCUGUCAAACUUCUAAUUACUGCAAAGUUUACACAAUGUAGCAGUGCAUCUUGACAGUGUACAUGCAAAAACUAAAUCUGAAGCUUUAAACAUGUAGAAUUAUAUGCAGUAUUUUCAGCAGAACUGUUGAGGUUUCACAGUGUAGUUGUCUAGAAAUUAUUACCUCUUGAAUAAAUGGCUUUUAAUCAAGGCCAAAAAAAACCUACAAAUUAUCACCUCAUUGUAUCUGUUGUAUCAAUAUAUAACAUAGAGAAACAGAUAGAAUAGUUUCGCACCGAGGAAACAAAAUGUAGCAGCAUGUCCGGCCUCGUGUUUUAAUGAGAUGCAUUUAUUUUUGUAGUCCUGCAAUACUGUUUCUGCCAGUAGAUGUAUAUUGGUUUGUUGUAUAUUUCUUGUUAACAUACAUCAGAAAAAUUUGUCCAUGUUUUUGUUGUUUAUUUCGUACUUGAAUAACGACUGUGAGAAAUGGUUAGUCAUGUUAUUUUGUAAAUUAUUUCUUAUACAGACUGUUUCGUAAAUGAUAUAAAUGAAUAAAUAUUAUGUAUUUUA